CAUACUGUAUAGGCCUCACUUUUUUUAUCCUAAAUUUUUUUGUCUGACAUUAGGGUGCAGCCUAUAUUCAAGAUAAGGAAUACUUUUAAAACAACUUAAAAUUUUAAAGCAAUUUAUUAUCAUUAAUUGUCUUUACAUAUCUUAGGGCUUGCAGGAAGAUUAUUGUGAGGUUUUAGACCACUGGGGAUGAGAAGUAAGAAGAAAAAGGUGUGAAGAAAAGAAGGGAGCUGUCUGAGGCUCCAACUAAGCAAUAAUGCUACAGGACUGUAAAAAUUAUAAUCAAUGUCUUCAUUUGAAAUUGACAGCUAUUUUUAGCCGGAAACCAAGGCGGAACAGAGCUAUUGGUAAGUUGUUCUUGAUUAUUUGUGUUCAGAAUGCCGGGACGCGGAAGGACCCAAGGAUCAAAAAGGGGAAUGUCGUGUUCCGAGGAUCUGGGAGGUCGGACUGUUUUUAGUCAAUCCCAGGAAAUGGAUACAGAGUCAGAAAGGGAAAUCUUAGAGGUUGAGGUCAUGGAUAACCGGAAUAAAAUAGAGGGACAGAUGGAGUCAGACGAUGUAGAGAAAUUACGCCCACGAAUUAGGCUAGCUAAAAUAGAAGCUAAAAACAAGAAGAUGGACGUUAGAAAAAGUGAAAUAGAAUUAGAAAGAGAUUGGUUACGAAACAACUCUAGGGCUAGUAAUAACUCUGAGCUAGGAGGUAACUUGGAUAGUCUAGCUAGAAAAAUCAGAUGGGCUUUACUCAAAAUGCUGGACAAGGAGGCGGAAGUACCUUCAUGGUUCCAUGCUGUGAAAGUUGUAUUACAAACAUACAAUGUACCGGAAGAGCUUCAGAACAGUUAGUUUUAACGGUAUUAUCCAAGAAAGGCAAAACAGCUUUAAGUAGACUCACGGCAAAUGAAAUCAGAGACUAUGAAACUUUAAAACAAUUUGUGCUAGACGAAUUAAAGUUGUCUGCUGCAGAGUAUCUUAAGGAGUUCACUUCCUCCGAAAAGGGAAGUAGGGAAACGUGGCCCCAAUUUGCGGCUAGGAUGGAAGACCUUUAUUGGUACUAUUUGAAUAGUAGAGGCGUAGAUUCCUUCGAAAGACUAACAAAACUAAUUGUCUCGGAUCAUCUUAAGACUAAGCUAGAUGCCGACACUAGGCGUUACGUUCUAUUGCAAGAGGGUAAAGGUUGGUUCCCGCCGGGAGAGAUAGCUAGGUAUGCCGAAAAGCAUGCGGAAGCAGUUGGAAAUGGGGAGUUCAGGUGUAAAUCCGAAAGAGAUAAAAGAACAGCCUUUGGAACUGGGGGUGUGAGCGCAAAUAAUAGAGAGCCAGAGAGGAGGGAAUAAAAAAUGAGACGUUAUAUUUGUGAUUAAACGGGACAUUUA